AUGGAUCAUCAACGAUUUGCCCUCAUUUUGAUUGUUUCCCUAGUUGGUGCUAGCUUUGGGGCCCAGAUCUUCACCACCGAGGAUCGAGAUUCUAUACUAAAAUUUAUGAAUGUGUUUAUGAACUUUUUGGAUAUGGAAACGGAUAAUAGUACACUUACCAGCACCACAUUGUCUCCCAACGGAACCACCUUGUCGACCAAUGGCACUUCUUUGGAGACUACUACUCUACCAUCUGGAAAUAGUACAGGUGUAACAACGGAAUCUUCAGUGACUACUAGUAACUCUACUGAGACGACUAGUAAUUCCACUGCCAGUGCUGAUCCAAGUUCCAGCACUACAGUUUCGGGAAAUAGCACCACCACCAUAACCACUGAGGCCACCACAACCACAGUGAGGCGUAGAAUUUGCUUCAAAAGAUACUGCUAUAAGUUUAGUAAUGACAAAGGAUAUAUUGUUUAG